GUAAAGUCUUCUCAUUAGACAGUAGCCACAUAGAGCACUCCAAUCAAGUUUUCUUGCCCUUGAUCCCAAAACCGAACAGUUUAGAUAACCUUUUCCUCCUUAAAAUAUUUAUUUUCCACUAAAAAAAAGCAAGAUAGGGCCGCUUUAAGAUCCAAGAAAAUAAUGGAUUAAAGUGGACUGCCAAAUGAAGUCAAGUUCAUGCAAUUGUGGUCUCAUCCAGGAUUCAAUCAAUCAACGCUGUUAAUGUUAGACAUUGCUAGCUGAUACAUAUCAGCCCUGGAUAUCUAUUUACAAGAGUUUGCUAAGAAUUUUAUCCAGCUAAUGGCAGCUAGAUCACUAACCACCAGUAUUCUGAAACAGCUGCCUAGAAUAGGUGUUAGGUCUUAUUUCUCAUAUCUCAACAGGAAAAUCAAGAAGACUUUAAAAUAGGAUGACUAUGAUGAGUGUUGUUCGAAGUCUAUCCUGAUAAAUGAAAGAUUACCUAGAUUGCUGAAAAGCUUAGAAUACAUUAAAAAUAAGAAAUGCCCAAGCAUGUAAAAUGCAUUUUCAGAAGAAGAAAUCUCCUGGCAGCUUUUAGAAUGUCCAAGAUACCAACCUACAGGCUUAAACUAUGCUUCUGUAAACCAAAAACAGGCAAAUGAUGGGGCAAGAGCUUUCCGGAUUGAAUGUUAAAGAUUUACAGAAUAUUGAGAACCAGUUAGAAAUGAGUCUCCGUGGUGUCCGCAUGAAAAAGGACCAAAUCUUGAUGGAUGAAAUACAAGAAUUGAACAAAAAGGGAAACCUCAUUCAUCAAGAAAAUGUGGAACUCUAUAAGAAGGUAAACCUAAUUCGUCAAGAAAACAUCGAAUUAUAUGAGAAGGCAUAUGGAACAAGGAAUGUAAACGGUGCCAAUAGAGUUUCAAUGAUGACAAAAGAUCUAGGCAUUGGGGAGGACUCGCAUGUACCUGUUCAUCUCCAGCUAAGCCAGCCACAGCAACAAAACUAUGAAGCCCCAACAAGAGCCACAAAUCUGGGGUACAGUUUCUCCUAUGUGGUGAAAUAUUUUUGUGAAUACCAGUCAUUUUACCACAAUCUUGAUCCCAAACUUGUUUCUGAUAAUUGCAGCAGACUCCAACUGCAUUAGCAAACAGCUGCAUCAAAAUGGGAUUGGAUAUUGCUUUCUAUCAACAAAUGGUUCAUGUUUGCAGGUUAUGCUUCUAAGAGUAAAAGGGUGGUAUGUGAACCACUAAUCAUUCAGCAAAAAGACAUUGGUUUGAAAUUAUUAACCUAAAGAAACUUUAGCGUGUAUGUAACAAUCAAUUAAUAACUAGUUU